GUGUAUAUGUGUAUUGUGACAGUGUGGCGAUCUGUCAUGAUGAUUCUCAACAAGGUAGGUUGAGGGGCUCCGGGGUACGUGUUUGAUACAGAGGAAAGUGGCUUUUCACUUUCCUCAUUUGUUUGUAAGGUCCAUUUUGGGACCUGGAGCCUGGAGAUUUCAAAGUGAUUUGGGAGGGAUGAAAUCUCCAAUCCUGGGACCAGGUUUUGGGAAUGGCCAGCAGACUGAUUGCUCAGGUGUGCAGGACAAUCUUCAAGAGUCAGGAUCAGGGUUCUGGGCUUCCCCCCCAGCAGACAGGAGUCAGGAGGGCUCCACCCCGGCAGAUAGGAGUCAGGAGGGCUUCACCAAGGAGAGGUGGAAGCCA